CACCAUGGAUUCUUGGAUUAGAUCCCUUGCUAGAGUGUUGUUGACACUACUUGGUCUAGUUUUGUGGGGGGCUGCUGCAGCUCUGGCCUUUGGUGGAGCUUUUGUGAUCCUUACAUACAAGAACUACAGGUGGUUCUUUCAGAAUUGUUUCCUGCUUCUGCCAGGCUGGCUGGCUGUUGCUGCUGCUUUUCUCUUGCUCCCCGCUGGUGCCUUGGCCAUUGGCAUCCCUGCUAGGAAUUCUCGCUAUCAACAGGGGACUUUCAUGUACUUGCUUGUUGUUCUUUUCUGUUUAGAAGCUUCUGUAGCUAUGCUGGCACAUAUCUAUCCUGACAGGAUGGGAUCUGAACUGACGGGCACCAUGGGGCACCUUUUUCAUCAGUACAAUGGGACGCACUCCCAUCAUCCUAGCAACAGGGCUGUGGAUACAAUUCAGAAACAGCUGCAAUGCUGUGGGGUGUACAACUACUCUGACUGGGUGAAGGCAGCACUUCCAGCAUCAUGUCAUCUCCAAGCUAGAAGCAUGUGUGUCCCUGAAAGCUGUUGUAAAGAGACUUUGCACUGCAGUGGUGAUGUGAACCAGUCAGCACAGCUCUUUCAAGAGGGCUGUCUCAAGAAACUGAACUACCGGCUGCAUUUUGUCACACACUUUGUAUUUUGGUGCUGCGCUGUCCUUGCAUGUUUGCAGGUUCUGGCUGCCAUUAGUAACGGGAUACUCAUGAAACAUCGGCCCUUCCAAGACUUACGAAUUCUGGAUUCUGCUGUGUUUUCAUAGACUUUAGAACUGGGAAGCUAUUUGACUUGUCCCUCAUGCCCUGAGAACAUGGGGCAGCAUAAAUGCCAUUUUCUUUAUUUACCUAGGCAAUCCACGAUCCAAUUUUGCUGCUAGAUUUCCUAAAAGCAUAAUUCCCUGUUUUAAAGAACUGUUAGACUCUUGGGUUUUUUUGUUCUUUUUUUUUUCUUUUUAUAAAACUAAGUAUUAAUAAACAUCAUUUGAUAAUCCAAUUGAUCAGGUAGUUAAAUUGGGAGAAGAGAAGUUUGUUGGCAUGUGUGCUGACCUGAAAUGGAGGAGGGUGGAAAUGGAUAAGCGUGGAUAAAAGGGGAGGAAAAUGGUGAGUCUGUACAUGAUGGUGAAAUUAAACGCACAGAUAAGCACUCGCAAAGUCAUGUCCCAAAUAUGGAGUAAAUCUGAAAUUCUCCUGACUUUGACAGGAUCAUAGCUCUUACUUCUUAAGCUUCAGUUCAGUCCAACAGAUAAUUUUCUCCAGCCUUCAACCCCAUGUGCCAUAUUAGCACAUCCCUUCAUAGAGAGAAAGGGAUCAAAACAGAGGGCUAUAGCUUUACUGUAAACUAAUUUUUUUUUCCCCCUAAACACAUACCAGGCAUUUUUGGAAUAAUAUUGGGAUACAAAUGUGCUUGCAUAAACACAUCAUUAUGUAGAUGUUGCUCAUCAAAGAUAGUUCACGAAUGGUAAAUCACCUUAAUUAUAAAAUACCAAGAGAGUGGAAAUUAAAGAAGUGGAAAAUCUAGUUAAUGACAUUUGAGUAACUAUUAUGCAGAAGAUGGAAGAGAUGUAGCUGG